UCCAGCAAAAUGCCCUCCUUUAUUCUCUAGCCUUACCUCAUUCUCGCUCCCACAGUUUAGUUCAAUAACUUGUAAGAGCCUGAAAUCAUUCUUGGUGAAUAAUGCUGGACCACUCUGAAAAUUUGUGACUGAGAAGGGGGCCCUCGUCAUCAGCACGCACUUUGUCACUGAGACAGGGUAACCCAUGGUUACUGAGCUCAGAUCAGUUAAGGGGCAGAGAGCCCCCCCUCCUCACUGCUCUAUAAAAGAGACCCAGCAAAGGGACCCUACCAGCUUCUAGCUCUCAGCCUGGGCGAAGGUGUGGGAAGCAAAGCCUGAGACCUUCAGAGCCAAGCAGACCAGCUGCAGAAGCCAGGCCAGCAUGUCUCCUUCUUUCAAACUUCAGUAUCACUUCGUUCUGAUCUUCCUGAUGGCUCUAAGAGGGGAGAACCGGUACCUAGAGCUGCGGGAAGCGACGGACCACGACCCUUUCCUGCUCUUCGGCGCCAACCUGAAGCGGGAGCUGGCUGGGGAGCCUCUGUACCGCCGCGCUCUGCGGUGCCUGGACAUGCUGAGCCUCCCGGGCCAGUUCACCUUCACCGCCGACCGGCCGCAGCUGCACUGCGCCGCCUUCCUCAUCGCCGAGCCCGAGGAGUUCAUCACCAUCCACUACGACCUGGUCUCCAUCGACUGUCAGGGUGGCGACUUCCUGAAGGUAUUUGAUGGUUGGAUUCUCAAGGGGGAGAAGUUCCCCAGUUCCCAGGAUCAUCCUCUCCCCACAACUGAGCGGUACAUAGAUUUCUGUGACAGUGGUCUAAGCCGAAGGAGCAUCAGAUCUUCCCAGAAUGUGGCCAUGAUCUUCUUCCGGGUUCAUGAACCAGGAAACGGAUUCACCUUCAGCAUAAGGACAGAUCCCAACCUCUUUCCCUGCAAUGCGAUCUCCCAAACCCCUAGUGGAAGGUUUACCCUGGUCGUCCCACAUUUGCGUCAAAACUGCAGCUUCUCCAUAAUUUAUCCCGUGGUCAUCAAAAUAUCAGAUCUCACCCUGGGACACUUACAUGGUCUGCAGUUCAAGAACCCCUCAGCAGGUUGUGGGGGAAUAGGAGAUUUUGUGGAGCUGCUGGGAGGACCCGGGCUGGACCCUUCCAAGAUGAUGCCUUUGGCUGACCUCUGCUAUUCGUUUCAUGGCCCUGCUCAAAUGAAAAUCGGCUGUGACAACACGGUGGUGCGCAUGGUGUCCAGCGGAAAACACAUAAAUCGUGUGACUUUUGAGUACCGCCAGCUGGAACCAUAUGAACUGGAAAACCCAAGUGGGAACAGUAUCCAAGAAAUAUGUUUGUCUAGUCUUUGAGUAACCAACCCCAGUGAUUUACAUGCUGCUAAUUGAGUUCUUAAUGGCUAUUGUAUAUGAUUUUGAUGACUAGCUAGUUAAAAGCCUUUCAUACCAGUCAGUAUUCCCAGGCUUGAGCACACAUUAGACACAUACACACACCACACGCGCACACACACACACACGCACACACGCAGACACCCUCUGUGUGCACAACGUGCAUUAAUUUUUGUACCUUGCUUCUUUUUCAUUGUAAUAUAUAGAUGACCACAUGGCGGCAACUAGCCCCCCUUUGGUAGAAAAACAGUUUUCUGUAAUUCUUUGGUAUGCUACAAACCAGAACUUGUAAGAGAAGCACAAAGCAAUGGCCAAUAAGAAAUUGUAUCUCAAAAGAAAAAAAAAAUGUAUCUCUAGGGAAAAUGCCAGAAAUGAAUUAAAAUGGUGGUGUUCAUAUCAGUCUUAGAGCGGAAAACCAUUGAAUGUCUGUGUAUACCAAAGUAGUUGCAUUGGUUUAUUUUCAGUUUGUUACUCUGUUUAUAAUAAGCAAUAACUAUAGCUAUUCUAUAUUGAUUUGUAGCAUCUUGUUUUUAAUAAAACUUUGUAGCAUGGAAAAAGUUUCCAUCCACAGAUACAAAUAUGAAUAAAUAUGUAAGAAUGUUGGUAUCGUG